UUGUCGUUGUGGUUGUUGUUGUUGUUGUAGUGCUGGUGCUGGUGGUCGUUGUCGUUGUUGUCGUCGUUGUGGUUGUGGUUGUAGUGGUGGUCGUCAUCGUUGUCGUUGUUCUUGUCGUCGUGGUGGUUGUCGUUGUUGUUGUCGCAGUUGUUGA